CACUUGCGUGGAUGCUGGAUGCCUGUCACAAGAGCUUUGUGUUUCAUUUUUAAUUAAAAAAAAAAAAAAAAAAAAAAUUACUGCGCGCAAUGACGUUGGGGCGAGCUAAUGAGCUGACAGUCUGCCUUCUUCCGGGGUCCGGGAUCUGAGCGAUGAUGGCAGCGAACUGGGCCGACAGGGUCUCCGCUUUCUCCAUCGGUCCGUCUCGCUUCCUCUCCGCGACAACCGCGGAUGCCUUCCUGGCAGAGCUGCUCCGUGAGCUCCGAGAUGACAGAGCCAGUUACAAUAUCAAGGUCCUCCUGUUGUCCCCACUAUGUGAGUACCCGACUCUGCUGUGUCCCUCAGACUCUGUGGGUGAGGAGACAGCCCUGGAGCUCAUGUCGGUGUUCGCCCAGUGUCCUCCUAAAUCCGUACAGUUUCGUUGUCACCUCCUCCUGGCCCUCACCUCCGUGCUCGUUUGCACUUCCUGCGUGAGCAGCCGUUCCCGCGCGUCUCAAGAUUUCCUAGACCUGCUCCUUCAGAUAUCCCAGGACACCAGUGACCUCCACGGUGACGGUGCUCUUCAGUCUCUCCGGGCCACAGCUUGUGACUGUUUACAGGAGCUGGAGGCCUGCUCUCCUGGUCUUCUCGCACAGCACGUCGAGCUCUUGGGUGGGCUCAGGCAGCGGGAAACCUUCAGGUUGCACCAGGCCUAUGCAGGACUUCAUACUCUGGUGUUGAGAAAUGCUGUUUAUCAGCUAACUCAGGAGACGGGAGUUGGUGCUGAGCAACUUAAAGCUCUUCUGGGAGGGAAUACAUCAGUUGCAUGGGAAACAGACCGGGACUCAGACCUGAUGAAAAACAAAGACUCGGCCGUGCUCGCUUCUCUCAUCCUGGGGCCCAUGGGUACAGUGCCAACCCUCCAGACUGGGCCUGAUUGUAAGGAGUUGCGUUCGAUCCUUUCCUCCCUCUUGGAGGAAUCCUACCUACUCACACCUUUGUGUCAGGCUGCACUGCUACAUAGGCUGACAGAGGUGGUUGCCAUGGUGCCAGGUGUCCCUCCGGCCAUAUUCAGAGCUCAGCUGCUGCGACUUCUGGGCACGAGCAAGGUUUGCCUCCUCCACGCCACUCUGCUGAUGAAGAGUGCGUUCACAGACAGCCUGUUCAGCGCCGACGAUGAAGCUUUCAUCCUCAAACGCCUGGUGGUGCUCUCCCAGCACCCACUGCUGAGUACGCCCGAGAAGCUUUUCUACAUGGACUGUAUCCUGCACUUUCCCGAGAACCGUCCAAUCAGCUCUGGUGAUUGUGACGAGACGCUCCCCGUGCUGCUGACUCCCCGUCUGGCCUCGGCUCUGGUGCCCACUGUGUUCAACGACAGUGCCACCAUGCUGGCCCGACUCAACCUGCUGUCUCUGGUCUACCUGGAGGAGGGAGAGGAAGCGGAGGGGGAAGAGGGCAGAGGGCUGGCCUACCUCUACGAGCACCUGACCUCGCUGCUGCACAUUGUGGAGAACGGGGGCAGCAGAGAGAUUGUGGUCACCUUCUUCAGGGCUGCCUUCCUUUUCCUGUCGUACUUCUACCACAUGGAACGUUACACUAACAGCCUGACUGAGAAGCUGUGUGACCUCUACCUCCACCACACCCAGUUAGCCCCGCACCUCAUCUGCCUGGCGGACCAGACUCAGGACAGGCUAUCUGAGUCUAACUGGGCUGAGGGGCUCCUGAAAGCCCUGCAGAGAGUCAUUACUGAGGCCCCGCUCGCCAAGCUCACCAUGCAAGACCUCCGCUGGCACCUCAAGAUACUGGCUCGAGUGGCGGAGGAAGGAAAAAUCCCGCAGCCCAGCACCCUCAGCUUUCUUUCCAGUGUCAUCACUCUCUCGUCCUCCUCGCUGUGCGUGAGCGGCGACUGGCGCCUGGGAAACAGCGUGCUGGGCGUUUGCCGCCGCCUGCUCGUCCACCCCCACCUAGACUCACUGCUUAUCCCUCUGGCUGACAUCCUGCAGCAUAUCGCCUGCCGCUACGGAGACACAGAUAUCCAGGACCACGCUCGUCUUUACUACACCCUCCUCACAACGCUGUCCCGGGAGAAGCUGGCCGGGGUGUUGGCGCAGGGAACGGCCGAGGGGGGGCGGCAGGUCAAGCAGCGAUCGCUGUCGUGUAUCAUGUCCGAGAGCGAGGGGCUGACAGCUGUGCUAACCAUUCACCAGAUGGAGAAAGCGAUAUUCAAUUUGGCUGUGGUGAAUUCUGAGCCACACGAAGAACGACAGACAGAUAAAGAAAGCGACCGAAACCAAAAUGAGACGGACUGGGUCCCAGAUGAGGUGACCACAGCGCUGGAAGCCUACAGAGGACAAUUCAACGACCCUCACUUCGCCUCGGAAAUCACCUUGAGCUAUCAGUUGGCUUACACCGAGGCUCAGGACUCCCGCUUCGAUCAGCUCUUCAGCAUCCGCCUGCACUUCAGCCUCACAGAUGACCACUAUGAAGAACUAAGCGACAUCAGUGUCCCUUGUCUCUUCAGGGAGAGGCCGUCGCCAGUGGUGAAGCUGAGACUGAAGCCUAGGCGGCCGUACCCCACCUCCCUCCGGGCCAGCGCCAUCUUUACCACCCAGGAUGGGCUCUCUUGGCACACCGUCCUGCCUGACAUCCACGUGGCUUUCCAGCAGGCCUUCAUGCCUCUGCCUGCUCCCCUUGCCUGGGGACAAGGUGGCCGACUAAACCUGUUUGAAGGAUUAUGGGAUGAAUUCUGCUCCGAGACUGGGGACUGUUCUACCAGCCUGUUCUGCUGCCAGUUGAAGGAGGCUGCCCUGACCUACUUGGUGGAGAAACACUUCCUCCCCUACCUUAUUUCAGACUCAUCCCAUAAAGAAGAGUUGAAAGUGCUUUUCUUCCUCCCUCCACAGUCUCACGUGCUGCUGAAGAUCAGGUCAGAGGAAGACGCUGUGCAUUUCGACAUUGCCACGGAUAACUGGCAGCUUUUGCCUCACAUAAGUUCUUAUUUACGGACAAUCGCAUCUACACCAGAAGACACUCACAGUCGACUGUGAUGCAUCUUACUGGCUUGUUUUUAAAUAAAAAAUAAAUAAAUAAACACAAUAGCUGGCUUUUAACAAAAUCAUUUAAUUUGUCAGAACUUUAACUUCAAUUGUACUUAAAAUUAAAUAACCGAAAACAGAUGAUUUAAAAUAAAGUUAUUGCACUUUC